UUGCAUAUCUGUCAGUUAAAGUUUGACUCGUUUGACUUGUAACAUCAUAACGUUUGUCAUUCAGAUUUAACAAUUUUUAUGGAGAAAAUUAAUGAAAGAUCGUGCCAUAAGGUACUGUGAGACAUGACAAUGUGAAAUACAUUUUUAAGAAUUUUUGCAGAAAUAAAAUAUUGGAAGAAGAAGAUAGAAACGUGAGACAGAUAUUGAUAUUUAAACAAGAAAAUGAGUAUCACUGGUAAACUGUUUUAUAACAAGAUUCGCGAAUUACGUCCCGAUCUGUCAUCGGGGAUCACACCGGAGAUCUUGAGUAAAGUUUGCGAUGAUCCGAGCACGCAGCCUUUUCUGGAGUGGUUCUGCAAGAAUGUGAACAGCGCUAAUAUUCUCUCUAACGAGGAAACAAAAUUAAAAAAUAUAUUGCAAGAUGCAGGCGAAUGGCUGGAGGGCGAAGCAUUGGAUGCUGAAUUAAAGAAAUAUAUCAAAGAUUGUCCGGACUUGUUACAGCUUAUCAGUUUGGACGAUAUAUCCAAGGAGGAUUUAUUUAUUGAGAAUGAAACAUUGAAGACAAGUUGCAAAGAAGAUGAAGAAUAUCUUAACUUAUUGAAAAAUAGUAUAAAAAAUUUGAAAGAAGUCGAAAACAAGCUGGAUGAUAACAUUGAAGAGGCAGAAAUUAUGUUGCAUAAAGAGCAAAUAGAAACAGAAAAGGCAUAUGAUAAUUGCAGUGCAAUUCUAAAGGAAUUUGAUAAAGAUAAUUGUCAGUUUUCUAAAGAUGUUGAUACUCUCCUGAACGUGUAUGCUGAUGCUGCCAAGAAUCAAGGUGAUGCAAUAUUGUGGUCACAAAUGCCUACAGAUUUGUUUAUUAAAGAAAUAGAGCUUUAUAAUCACUAUCUAAGUAAUUAUAUUAAGAAACAAUUUGGGAGCACUGAUAAGGAAGAGGAAGAUUCUUCUAUGGAUUCAGAUGAUGCGACUUUAACAAAUGAUACUACAGAUGAAAAAGUUGAUAAAAGAAUGCAUGAGCUAUUCUUAUGUAAAACAAAUUUAACAAAUUCUAAAAUAGAAGAGAUUAGUGCUAAGGUUCAGGAGGAAUUUAGCAAGGCGAUGCUACAAUGUGUAGAAGAUAUUUAUAAUAAUGGAAUUUUAAAGGUGCCUGGGGACGACAAAUUACAAGAUGAAAUACGGACAUUAAGCGUCGAAAGGGAUUUUCUGGAACAAAAUGUCGAAAUUUUACGGGAUCAACAGUUUCCAGAGGUAAUACAAUUUGCAGAAAUGGAGACGAUAAAGAUUUUGAAGAAUGACGCACUCGUCCGUCUCGAACGGAGGAAAGCUCGUCUCGAGAAGCUUCAGAAUUUAUAUUCCCUCGCAGCGAAGCAUGGACAUGUUCAUAUCGAUUUAUUGUGUAUAUUAAUGGAAAUGCAAUUUUGUUGCCUGCGGGAGGUCGCUGAAUUUAUCGCCAAUGCUCGUCAUUAUAUCACCACGGAAUACAAGCUCUCUUCUACAAGAUGUGAAAUCAUGCAACAACAACAGGAUGAGUAUGAAAACAUCAUAAAGUCUUUAAGAACUUAUAAUGUAUUUAAUGAAAUAUUAAUUUCCAUGAUGCACGGUCAUAAUACUUCAAACGAGACGACGCUCUCUUCCGCAUUAAAAAAAUACGAUGAUUUAAUAGCCGAUAACGAGGAGAAAAAAUUAAUGCUGGAAAUGCAUCUGAAUAAUAAAAUCGACAAAUUGCAAAAACUAGAAAGUGAAGUUAAUAAAGAUUAUCUAGCUGAGACGCAAAGUGGACCAACUAUUAGCUUCAGGCCAAUUUCUUACGAAAUAAGCACCACAUGCGAGGAAAUAUCCACGGUCGUUCAAGAUAUACAAGGAGAGAUUACAAAGAUCAGGAAUCAGUUCAAGGAACGAAUGAGAAUGGGCGCCAAUCUGGAACGUGAGAAGGACAUUUUAUGGCAAAGAUUUUUGGCAGAUCCCGAUACAUUAAGAAUGAAAUACGAUGAAGCGAAACAAAAAGCAAAUGAGUCUCAUUUUAGAGAUACUUUGGAAAAUGCUUGAGAUGUUUAACGUGCCGAAGUGUUGAAUAUUAUUGGCUUCCACGGAAUUUACUUUAGGACAAUCUUGAUGUCCUCCGCCAAAAUUUCAUUACUGAGAAUGGCGGUAUAGUAACGGGACACCCUAUAUAACUGGUGGUUCACUGGCCUUCUGAUCGUUGGCGCGCGUUGAAACUGCUCUUCGUGCCAGCUUCUAGAAAUUUGCUUUCCGCCUUACGUUCGCCGGUCUAUAUCGUGUUGAUAGUAACCGCGAUAAAGUUGUACGAACGGUGAUGAAUUUUCUCGAAAAAUUCCAAUAGUGAGACUGAAGAUUAUAGCAGUUAUACAAUUUUCAUGCAC